UUUGCAUUUGCUCUUGCCUUGUUAGAAGGUCCAAUACUUCACUGAAUUAGAGUCUAUUACUUUGGUGUUUCAGCAUAUACUGAAACUCAGCCAGGAGAUUCAGCCUUGCAGACUGAGAAACUCCGGGAUUUUUGACGGCAGCCUCAUUGCUUUCCUGAGGAAUUUCCGACGAGAUAAAGUGCUUGAAAUUGAGGUUAACAUCAUGGAUAGCUGCAAUGAUUUCAAGUUUUUAACAUCUCUAGGCUGUGGAGGAUUUGCGGAGGUGAAGCUUGCGUGCCACCUCCCUACAAGCACACAGGUUGCGGUCAAGGUGCUCAAGAAGAAUCACAAUGGUAUGAAUGACAUCAACUCUGAAGUACAGAUCCUCCAGUUUUUGGAACACAGAAACAUAGUCAGAUACUAUCAUGUCAUCAACACAAUGACAAAGACUUAUUUAGUCAUGGAGUAUGUUGCAGGAGAUGACUUGGAGAUAUUCCUCAGGGACAAAACCUAUCUAAAGGAGGAAGAAGCUAGACCAAUAUUCCAACAGGUCGUGUCAGCAGUGCACUUUCUCCACCAAAGACUUGUUGCACAUCGUGAUAUUAAAUUGGAAAAUAUCCUGAUUGACAGAGCUGGAAACGUGAAGCUUUGUGACUUUGGGAUGGCUAUUCAGCUCGAAGAGGGGCAGAAGCUGAAGAAUGUCUGUGGCUCUUUGUUCUACAUGGCUCCAGAGAUUUUGGCAAGGAAACCCUAUGAUGGGCUGGCAGUUGACAUGUGGAGCUUGGGAGUAGUCCUAUAUGUACUGGUCACAGGAAAAUUUCCAUAUGCAGCAACCACAAUGCAUGGUAUGCACAGGCUCAUCAACAGUACAGAGUACCCUAUUCCCUAUCACCUCUCAAAGCCCUGUUGCAAAAUCAUUGCACAAUUACUCACAGUCCCUACCCGGCAAAGGAUAACAAUAUUUCAGCUCCUGGAAAGAAGAUGGCUGGGCCAAAUUGAAGAGCAUGUAGAACCUGCAAGUAAAGAAAUCCUUCCCAGUGUCGUAGAGACUAUGUGCAACAUAGGCUAUACCUGUGAAGAGAUUGUAUCAUGCAUAAGAAAAUGGCAAGCAAAUAAUAAUGUAACAGCAACUUUCAAUAUUCUGAAACACAAAUUGAGUAUUAGGGACUGUCAUCACCAAAAUGGGAAGCCCUGGUUAAACAUCAGCCCUAUAGGUACUAUUCACCCCCUUCUCCCCUUCAAAAGGGCAGAGAGUGAAUCAACCUUGGCAAAAAUUAUUGAAGUUGGAAAGGGUGACUUUCAGGAGAAUGGUGUGGAAAGAAGAGAAAAGAGAUGCCAAAGUUAUAAGAUGCCCAACAAAUACGCCUGCUUGGAGAUUAUGCCCUGUUCAGAUGAAAUAUUUUCUGCAAGAAGUGUCCUGAUGGCUAAUUUCAUCCACAAUGCUACUGGGGACAUUGCAAUGAACAUGAAUUCUGUGGAUGGCCUGUGUGAUGAUAUUUCCUUAUGUGAGUCAGUCUUGAAUGGAACACCUAUAAGGAUUCUGAAUAAGGAAUUCCCGGUAGAGCAACUAUCCGUUGGGCCCAUCAUUCCCAAAGAACAGUCCCAAGUUGGACCCAAAACCUCUGGAUCCAGAUCAUUGGAGGCCUGGCAGCUGAUAAGGAAGCGAAUAACCAAUGCACUCAGAAUACUGUGCUGUGUUCCUGAACCAUUCCAUGGUGAGUCCUUGACUGUCAUGUAAGCUAUAAAGUGAAGACAUGUCCAUAUAGUCCAUAAGAGUCCCAUUUGCUUUGGCCACAAAGAUGUUCUCCUCCAUUGAAUUUUGACUAUUUGUUUUAAUAAAUAACCUUUUGUGAAUGACAAAUAUAGACAAGAAGGACACCAGCUAAGACUCCUAGCAAUAAUGGAGAGAAUGCCCAGACUGGUCUUCCCCUGAAAUCAAAUUGGAGAAUAUGCAAACUAUCAUCGUAGAGCCUUCUUCCAGUAUUUGAAGGAAAUAGAGGCAGAGAUCUACAACCAAGCACCAGUUCAAGCUCCAGGAAUUCAGUCAAAGAGAGGGAGGAGGGAAUAUAUGAGCAAGGGAGUUCAAUAUAAUCUACAGAUAACUCUACAGGAAUAGCUGAACCAAUAUAGUGGAAACUCACGUACUCUUGACAAACAGCUAUGGACACUCCAGGGGUUUGGACUAGGCCCGCUGUAUGUAAGAAACAGUUGUGAAACGUGGACUAUCUGAGGAUCCCUGGCAGCAGGACAAGGAUCUAAAAUCCAGUACAUAAGCUAAAUUUUCCCAUAACCUUUGGUGGGAUGCCAUGCUCAGGCUUAAUGCAUGGGAGAGGGGCUUGGCAAUGCCCACCUUUAUGUAACACACUAUGUUGACUCCUCCUGGGAGUCUUUGCACUGAGGGAGUCAAGGGUGUGAGGUAUGGGGGGGCUGAAGGGACAAUUGAAUUUGGAAUGUAAAAUGAAUACU